AUGGACAGAAAGCCAGCAUGUGUUGUCUUCCUGGCCCUUGUGGCCCUCCUUCUGGCUCCAGCACUUGGACAACUGGAUUUUAACCGACUAGAUGGCGACACCGUCUGCCCCCCCAUGAGAAGGGGACAGGAUGAUCUUCCAGGUUUUGAUCUGAUCACACAGUUCCAGCUGGAUGUCAUCCCACUGAAGGGCGUGAGGAAGGUGGACGGCUCCACUCCUCUGCAGGUGGCGUACCGCCUGGACCGCGAGGCCAACUUCCAGAUCCCCACCAUGCUGAACUUUCCCCGUGGGUUCCCAGACGAGUACUCCUUCAUGGUGACUUUCCGCAUGAUCAAGAACACUGUGAGCAAGGUGUGGAACGUCUGGCAGAUCGUGGACGAGAAUGGCGGCAAACAAGCCGGCAUGAGGCUGAACGGCGACCAGCAGGCCCUGGAGUACUUCCUGACGGGGCCCGACGGCAGCCUGCAGACCGUCACCUUCGCCGGCCUGUCCGUGCUCUUCAACACCAGGUGGCACAAGGUGAUGAUCGGCGUGGAGCGAGACAUGGUCACACUCUACGUGGACUGCCAGCCUGUGGACCAGAAGCCCAUCAAGGGCAAAGGUGCCAUCAACACAGAGGGAGACACUCUGAUUGGACGGCUGGAUGCUGAUUCGGAAGCGUCCGUGGUGUUUGAGCUACAGUGGAUGCUGAUUCACUGUGACCCCAAGAGAGCCCAGAGAGAGAGUUGCAACGAGCUGCCUGCCACCGAGAUGUAUGCCAAUGCUGAGCCUGACAAAUCAGUCCAAGGUCCCCCUGGAGCCCCCGGCCCUGAGGGUCCUCGGGGCUUCGCAGGAGAAAACGGCAGAGAUGGCAGAGAUGGUCUUCCCGGGUCUCCUGGCACCCCAGGUACUCCUGGCAGCAAAGGCGAGCAGGGGGAAAUUGGACUUCCUGGGCAUCGAGGUCUACCAGGUCUUCCAGGAUCUGCUGGUUCUCCUGGUCCCAUGGGUCCAAGAGGAGCAGUGGGCGAGAGAGGACUUCCUGGUUUUCCUGGGCCUGCGGGUCCUCAAGGCCCAGCGAGUGAAGGACCUGCUGGACCACCAGGGAAACCAGGGAUCCCAGGAGAUGAAGGCAACAUCGGACCUGAGGGCUCACCUGGACCCAGAGGAGAGAAUGGAAACCCAGGACCUCCUGGGCCUCCUGGUCCUCCGGGUCCAUUGGGGCCGCCUGGUGCCGCUGGUGAGGGGAGUGGGGAAGCUUGUCCUGCAGCCUGCCCUGCUGGACCUCAAGGCCUUGCUGGACUACCAGGCAUGAAGGGACACACAGGUUUGGCAGGUGACAAUGGUAAAGACGGCACACCUGGAGAAAAGGGAGAGAGUGGACUUCAGGGUCCUCAGGGUCUGCCAGGUCGCAUGGGAGACGACGGCCAACGAGGGCCUAUUGGAUUUUCUGGUACACCAGGAGAGAAAGGAGACAUAGGUCCUCCUGGUUUCAAUGGCAACCCAGGACCCACAGGCCCACCUGGAGCUCCAGGUGUGGAGGGACUGCGCGGCCGACAAGGUUUGGAGGGACCAAAAGGUGAUGAAGGAGCAAUAGGGCCUCAAGGAACAGUCGGUCCUCAAGGAGAAAAGGGAGAAGUAGGAAACGCAGGCAAAGAUGGCAUGGAUGGCAUUCCUGGGGAGGAUGGUGCCAAGGGAGAGCCUGGUACGGUCGGAGCAGUCGGUGUCCGGGGGAUUGUGGGUAUUCCUGGGCUUCCCGGCAAGCAGGGAGUGGUAGGACCUCCUGGUGAAAAGGGUGACAUUGGUGCUGAGGGAGCAGUCGGACCAAUUGGGUUUCCGGGCAAAACUGGGGAGGCUGGCACACCUGGAGAAGAUGGAAUAGCAGGAGAUAAAGGUUCAACAGGUGAAAGUGGGAAACAAGGGCCAGUGGGUCCUGCCGGUCCCCCAGGAAUAGAGGGACAAAAGGGAGAAAAAGGCAACAGUGGUUCCCCAGGAAUGAAGGGACACACGGGACACAAAGGUGAUGAGGGUCUAAUGGGACCAACAGGACCAAAAGGAAGCUUGGGAGAUUCUGGUGCUGCUGGAGAUCCUGGAGUCAAGGGAGACCAAGGCCCACCUGGGAUUCCUGGAAAUAAAGGAGAGCUUGGCGACAAGGGAGUCAGAGGAUCUACGGGAGCAGAAGGGAGACCGGGUCAACCGGGCCAUGAAGGUCCGUCUGGUCCAAUGGGAGCAAGAGGACUGGAAGGAGAACCAGGUCUACCAGGAGCACCAGGACCCCGAGGUCUGCCUGGUCCGAAGGUUAGCGACGAGAAUAUUCGUGAAAUGUGUUCAGCGGUAGUUGAAGAACGACUGGCUGAGUUGAUGAAAGAUUUCCUGAAGAGGCCGGCUGCCAUCGGUGCUCCCGGUAUUGCAGGACCAGCAGGACCACCGGGACCUGCUGGAGCAGAAGGAGCUGCAGGAGCUCCAGGGGUGAUGGGCCCUAAAGGUCAUCCGGGGUUCUAUGGACUUCCAGGCGCAGCAGGAAAGAAGGGUGAUCCUGGACACAAAGGAGAUAAAGGAGAAAAGGGAGAAGAUGGUGUUGGACUUAAAGGAAGUGCAGGUCCACCUGGUGCAACAGGUGCAACAGGCGCUCCCGGCGUGGGCAAGGACGGCAAGGACGGGCAGCGGGGAGAACAGGGAAGCCCCGGCGUCCCGGGUGCGGCUGGUCCGAGGGGUCGCCCUGGUCCAGCAGGUCUUUGUGAUCCCUCCACUUGUACAAACCGACUCCCAGCACCUCUCUACGUUUAUGGCGGCCAGAAGUCCGCUGCUUACCACCACAAAUAAAACAUCAGAUCCAAGCGCCACAAAGAGACAAGAAGCAGCUGGCAGUGCCUUGCAGCAACAUGACUGAACUAAAACUAAAUACAAUCCUCAUUAAUAUCAGAAUACUAACUGAGCCACUUAGCAGGAAAGGAGAACAACGUCAAAUUACAACCUGAAGUGUGAUGGAGUUUAAAUGUUGUUCUUCCACACACACAAUAAAGACAUGUUUUUUAAGGUGUCACAUACCUCACAUCUCACAUAUGAAGAUGUUUCACCUGGAAACAACUGGCUGUUGCCUGGAUACAAGAAGAAGUCAAUAAAGAAGAAACAUGUACAUCCAUUAGCACAUCAAGGACAAUAUGACAAACAACUUUUCAUG